UAGCAAUGAAGGAAAACGAUCUACCGGUACUGGUAAGGAAAGAGAGCUCUCGAUCCGCUGGGUUACCGGGUAAGAGUUUUUCGUACAAGUUCUGGGUCUUGUUCGCGGUUCUUCUCUUAGCUUUCUGGUCCAUGUUCACCGGCUCCGUCACUCUUAAAUGGUCCGCCGGUAACCUCUCGAGAUUCUCCGACGACUUCAGUUCUCCCAAUUACGACGAUCUUGACAUUCUGGAAGUGGAGGAGAGAGAGAAGGUCGUGAGGCUCAUGUGGGAUGUGUACACGCAGAGCAGAAACGGUAGAGUGGUGCCUCGAUUUUGGCAGGAGGCAUUUGAGGCUGCUUACGAGGAUUUGGUCAGUGAUGUUCCUGGGCUUAGAGACGCUGCUUUCUUGGAGAUUGCAAAGAUUUCUCUUUUCUCCAUCACUCUUGAUCCUCUCCCUGUUAAAUCUGCGGUUAGUGAUUCAAACAAGAGCUGAUUAUUAGAUCAGUGCUUU